AUGGUCAACGUAAAGGUAGAGUUUUUGGGUGGUCUAGAUGUUAUUUUUGAGAAACAAAGAACUCAUAAACUGAGUGUUCCAAGCAAAGACGGAGAUGAGGUAUCGGUAGGGACACUCAUCGAUUACAUAGUUGAAAACAUGAUCAAGAAUACGAGCGACAAAGACGUUUUCAUUGAAAACAAUACGGUGAGACCUGGUAUUUUGACGCUCAUAAAUGAUACUGAUUGGGAACUGGAGGGCGAGAAAGAUUACAUCCUAGAAGAUGGCGACAUUGUAUCGUUCACUUCAACACUUCACGGUGGCUAG